GAGAUCGUGGAGGCGUCGGCGUCUCCGGAAUUCUGCCGUGCUGUGCGGCCUUAUUGGCCGGUCGCUGGCGCGGACGCGGCCAUCGUGGUGCGCGCGUGGGUGAUGCGGGAGAUCGCGCUGGGGGCGGCAAAGCUGCCCCAGGCUAUUUUCCACCGGCCAGAGCAGGCAUCGGAUGGCCCAUGUGUGUGGGCUGAGUUCGACCUUCCAGCCUCCAAGUGCGAUCAGGAGGCGAAUGGAAAAAGGCGCGCCCUCGACUGCGCUUGCCCGUCGCCGCUGCGCCCAGUUGCGGCGUUCAGCCGCGCGGCGCGCGCCGCCAGCCAGGCGGCGGCGACGCAGGGUGCGCCAGCCCAGGGCGCUCCACUUUUUCCAGUCCGCAAGGGCGGUCUCGACUCGAAGGGCGAUUUCAUUCGCUUCUUCCAGGAUGCCUCGGCGAUGGUUGCGGUCGACGUGGCUGCGAUCUCAGGGCGCUCGCCGCGAGUGGCGGGCGCCCGUCGCAUGGCAUUAGCGGGUGUGCAUGUCUGGGUCAUUCAACUCUUCGGCCAGUGGGGCUCGGAUGUGGCCCUGUGGUAUUGUCGCGAGGUGCUGGCGGGCGGGCGCGCGGCGCCGUCGACUUGGGCGGCGCUCGCGCAGGGUGCCGGGUCAGGGGGCGACGUGGGGGCCGAGCUCGCGACGCAGGGGACGCGACCUCGUUGUGCUGAUUUCGGCGGCGGCGCCCCGCUUGAGCACGUGGCCGACGAGUUGCUGGAGUCGAUGGUGCUCGAGACCGCUCGUGAGCAG